GCCGGGCUCGGGGAAGCGCCGCACGGCCGGAGUUGUUUUGCCAGUUGCUGCGGCCGGGUCGGUUUCCCUGCCGAGGGGCGAGAAUCACCGGCGACAGCAGGACGAGCCGCGGCCCGGGGAGCGGGGCAUGCGGGGCCGGGAAUCCGGGCUCUGAGCCGCCGAGCCCCGCCAGGGAAGCGCCGGGGGGUCCCGACGGAGCCAUGGAUCCUGGGCAGCCUCAACCGCAGCAGCCGCCGCAGGCAACGCAGCCCCCGGCCUCGCAGCAGCCGCCGCCGCAGCCCCCGGGCGCGGUGUCGGGGGCCCCGGCCGGCGCGGCGCAGCCCCCGGGCGCGGGGCCCCCUCCGGCGGGGCACCAGAUCGUCCAUGUGCGGGGCGACUCGGAGACCGACUUGGAGGCGCUGUUCAACGCCGUGAUGAACCCCAAGGGCGCCAACGUGCCGCACACGCUGCCCAUGCGGCUUCGGAAGCUGCCCGACUCCUUCUUCAAGCCGCCCGAGCCCAAGGCCCACUCCCGCCAGGCCAGCACUGAUGCAGGGACAGCAGGAGCCCUGACGCCACAGCAUGUCCGAGCUCAUUCCUCUCCAGCAUCACUCCAGCUGGGAGCUGUUUCUCCAGGGACGCUUACACCCUCUGGAGUAGUGACUGGACCCGGAGCUCCAUCUUCUCAACAUCUCCGCCAGUCUUCAUUUGAGAUCCCUGAUGAUGUACCUUUGCCACCAGGUUGGGAGAUGGCUAAGACACCAUCUGGACAGAGAUACUUUCUUAAUCACAUUGAUCAAACAACAACAUGGCAAGAUCCUAGGAAGGCCAUGCUUUCCCAGAUGAAUGUUACAGCUCCCACCAGUCCUUCCGUGCAGCAGAACAUCAUGAACUCGGCAUCAGGCCCACUCCCCGAUGGAUGGGAACAAGCUAUGACCCAGGAUGGAGAAAUUUACUACAUAAACCAUAAGAACAAGACCACAUCUUGGCUAGACCCAAGGCUUGACCCACGCUUUGCCAUGAAUCAGCGAAUCAGCCAAAGUGCUCCAGUGAAACAGCCACCCCCUCUGGCUCCUCAGAGUCCCCAAGGUGGUGUGAUGGGUGGGAGUAGCUCCAAUCAGCAACAACAGAUGAGACUUCAGCAGCUACAGAUGGAGAAGGAAAGGCUGAGACUGAAGCAUCAAGAACUGCUUCGGCAGGUGAGGCCACAGGCAUUGCGGAAUAUCAAUCCCAGCACAGCAAAUUCUCCAAAACAUCAGGAAUUGGCUCUCCGUAGCCAGCUUCCAACAAUGGAACAAGACGGUGGAUCUCAAAAUCCUGUGUCAUCUCCUGGAAUGUCUCAGGAACUGAGAACAAUGACUACAAAUAGUUCUGAUCCCUUUCUUAACAGUGGAACAUAUCACUCCAGAGAUGAAAGCACAGACAGUGGACUUAGCAUGAGCAGUUAUAGUGUACCCAGAACCCCCGAUGACUUCCUGAACAGUGUUGAUGAGAUGGAUACAGGUGACAGUAUCAGCCAAAGUAACAUACCGUCCCAUCAGAACCGUUUCCCAGACUACCUUGAAGCCAUUCCAGGGACAAAUGUGGACCUUGGGACACUGGAAGGAGAUGGGAUGAAUAUAGAAGGAGAAGAACUGAUGCCAAGUCUGCAAGAGGCUUUGAGCUCUGACAUCCUUAAUGACAUGGAAUCUGUCUUGGCAGCCACCAAGCUAGAUAAAGAGAGUUUUCUUACUUGGUUAUAGGGGCCUCAGGGAGACUGAAUUCUAAAUCUGUGAAGGAUCUAAGGAGAUUAGGACAUCUGUAUCUGAAGUUCAGAACAAGCCACUGUGGCACACUUUGGCUUGUGUUCAGAAAAAGUAAAUGAACAAAUACUCAACAAGAUUCUUUCGUUUUGCUCUUCCUUGUCCAUCGCUGCUGUUAUAUAUUGCUGACUUUUUUCCACAGUUGAUUCUGAAGAACAGACAUCUUCUUGAUCUUUUUCUAUUGCUGUUGCAACUACUGUU